UCUUCUCAAUAAACAAAGGCACAAGUGGGAACCUGUCGCCUUGGAAAAUGUCGGAUAUCGAAAAUAAAGAAAGAAGAGUGGGGACGAGGACAUUCCUUUCUUCCUUCCCGAGACAUCAACAAGGAGCGUUUUGCUUUGACACAGGAAAAUGUAAACCCAAGUGACAGAUAAUAUUACAGUAGGCUAGAAAAGUUUGGAGAAGAUGGCGAAUGAUUUGUUUGGCAAGAUCGCUCUGGAAGAUGUUCCUGCUUUAUCUUCUGUGUUUUCGGGACGAAAUCUAGCAGUGGCGUUCGUGUUUGUUCUCGUCGGAUUGAUUUGCUUUAGAAAUUAUAACCUUUGCUCUUAUCUUUGGAUGUGGAGGCCGCGGAGAAUUCGCUUCCCGCACGUCUUCGGCGGGAGGCUUCUGUGGGUCGGGAUUGCCUUCACUCCUCGUCAGCUAUGUUUGGUCCUGAACAGAAUUUUCUGCCACUCUACUGACAACAGCCGCACGUCGUCCGCCCCCGACAGUGUUGAAAACCAUCCAGAGAUGCUCGAUAAUGCCACAUCCGACCGUGUGCCAAAUGCAGCCUUAGGCGAAACUGAGCUAAAGGAACUGAUGUCUCACAUAAUGGAGUCUGAUGGCGGUCCGCCAUGGCAGCUGAUGAUGGAGAGACCAACUCCAACCCUGACAUACAAAGCUUGGUGCAGAGACCCACAGGUUGGCCCAACACAGUAUCGCACGAGAACGGUUUUCAUGGACAUCUCGCCCGAGUUACUGAGGGACUUCUUUUGGGAUGACGAAUUCCGUCUCAAGUGGGAUAAGAUGCUAGUCUACUGCAGGACUUUACAUGUCUGCCCGCGAACUGGAACCAUGGUUGUUCACUGGAUAAGAAAGUUACCACUGAUCCGAACCGAGCGAGAGUACGUCAUCAUUCGUCGCAUUUGGCAGUCUGAAUCCAGCUACUACUGCGUGACAAAGGGAAUAACAUAUCCAUCUCUACCGAAUCGCAGAAAUACCCGAAGAGUAGAGCUCUAUUAUUCUAGUUGGUGCAUAAAUCCAGUAGAAUCAGGGAACCGGCAGCAGCACCCCGCAUCAGAGGUAAUCUUCUUCCACUACGAGGACAUUGGUGUACCAAAGGAGAUAGUCAAGAUGUGUGCCAGGGCGGGAAUGUGGGGCCUCGUGAAGAAAAUGGCUGCCGCAGCUCAGGCUUACAAUCUCGCUCGAGCCAGCAGCGCACCUCGAUCAUCUUACGCAGUCCUCGCGUGCAUAACCACCGAAUGCGGGCCGUUGACGUUUCCAGCUCCUAAUGUGGAAGUUCACAAGGACGAGAAAUUGAAGGAUACACGGAGAAAAGACGUGAAUCCCUGGAAAUGGUUGGUGGUGGGAGGAGUGUUGAUAGCUUCCGGGCUGACUUUACAGGUCACUGGCAAGGUGGUGCUAUUCCAGUUAGGAAGAUGGAUGACGCGGUUCGCAAGGGCGAAGGGGAAUCAGCGAAAGCAUUGAAGCAAGCACUCAAACAAGGAUUCAACUUCGUCUUGUUUCGCGCCUGGCGAUGUGAAGGAUGAGCUCCGGUGGUUGCACCAGAACCAGAUAUCAGAAGCAACUGCAGGGACUAACGCAUCUUUCAGAUUUGAAGGGAUAGCAGAGCGAUAUUGCUCUUCCCGGUGAGCACCAAAGUAACACAGAAUAACGCAGGUUACUGUUGAUUCUUAGGUUUUCAAAAAGGCAUAGAACAAUCAGUAAAGAGAUGAACUAGAGACAUUGUAAUACAUCGUUGCCAAUCAGGAAAUGGUGAGACAGAUUUUCUUUUUCGACUGAACAAAAAUCUGUCUCACCAUUUCAUGCCGCCA